CUUUAAAAAUACUAAUUAAAAUCCAAAACUUCGAUUCCCAUUAACGCGCACGACACACCACCUCUCUCUCCCUCUUCCUUCUUGUUCUCUCCUCUGCCUUCCGAUCUACUCCAGCUGUAUAUUGGUUGAGUACCCACCGCCAACUGCCGACAUUAUCUUCAAUUACUUCUCCAUCUACAUCUCUGUAUUCUGUGAACGACGAUCCAGCGAGCGAGCGUGGCUGCUUUCCCAACUCACUCCGAGUCCCGGCCGAGUAAAAAAUCGGCCUCUCUUUUGGGGGCUAUUUUGCACUUUUGUGACAGUAAUGAUACAGUCGAAGCGUGUGAGCGGAGAAGAAGAAGGAGGUUGCUAGGGUUUUUGAAUUUUGGGGGUUUUCUUGGCCAUGGCGACCGGGGGUCAGAGCCCCCCGUUGAGCUGGAGAGACUCGUACAAGGGGAUGUCCUCUGACAACAUCAAGGGUUUGAUUCUUGCUUUGUCUUCAAGUUUGUUUAUCGGUGCUAGUUUCAUUGUGAAGAAGAAGGGAUUGAAAAAGGCCGGAGCUUCUGGCAUCAGAGCAGGAGUUGGAGGAUAUUCUUACCUAUAUGAGCCACUUUGGUGGGUAGGCAUGAUAACGAUGAUUGUUGGGGAAAUUGCUAAUUUUGCGGCUUAUGCCUUUGCGCCAGCUAUACUAGUAACUCCUCUUGGUGCUCUCAGCAUAAUUAUCAGUGCUGUACUUGCACAUAUUAUUUUACGUGAGAGGCUUCAUAUUUUUGGGGUUCUUGGUUGUGCUCUGUGUGUUGUGGGUUCUACAACAAUUGUUUUACAUGCUCCUCAAGAACGUAUGAUUGAAUCUGUUACAGAAGUUUGGGAUCUUGCCAUGGAACCAGGUUUUCUCUUGUAUGCAGCUUUGGUCAUAACUGCUGUGUUUAUACUUAUAUUCCACUUUAUCCCGCAAUAUGGCCAGACACACAUAAUGGUCUACAUUGGAGUUUGUUCCCUUGUUGGCUCGUUAUCGGUCAUGAGUGUUAAAGCACUUGGAAUUGCUUUGAAGUUGACAUUAUCGGGCAUGAAUCAACUAGUUUAUCCCCAGACUUGGGUCUUCACUCUAGUUGUCAUUUCUUGUGUGCUUACCCAAAUGAAUUAUUUGAAUAAGGCACUUGAUACUUUCAACACAGCUGUGGUAUCUCCUAUAUACUAUGUUAUGUUCACAUCACUAACUAUUCUGGCUAGCGUUAUCAUGUUUAAGGAUUGGGACAGACAGAGUCCAACUCAGGUUGUGACAGAAAUGUGUGGGUUUGUGACCAUCCUCGGAGGAACUUUUCUUCUUCACAGAACAAAGGAUAUGGUUGAUGGUUUGCCAACAUCAAUGUCCUCCGUGCGACUAUCUAAGCAUGCAGAUGAAGAUGGAAUCGAUGGUUCUGAAGGCAUCCCUCUCAGAUGGCAAGAUAACUCUUUAUAGCUCACAUCUGCCGUCCCACAAGCUUGGUUGCUUAUUUUCCGGGACCUUGCUAAGUGAAACUGUAUUUAAUGGAGCGUCGUAUCUGGGCCACCUAUCGAAUCAUAUAUUUUUGGAUGGUUUCAGAGAUUGGUAAGAGUCUCCUCCUUUUUUGUUUCUCAGAUUGGCUUUACAGUUACAGCCCACUUGAGAAAGACAUUCGCCGAUUGUAAUUUUUGCGCAAAUUGGUUUUGCAGUAUAUCCUGGCUAACAUUUGUCAUUCAAUGAAUUUCCAAAGAAGGGCACAACCCCCUUUUCUUCUUGAA